AACCACAUCCGCUUCAAAUAUUACUCCCCAUUUACGCUUCUUCUUUCUUCAACCGCCACUUCUCUCCGUGCCACUUAGGCCCAGCCACCCUUCCUUAUCUUUCUUCUUCUUCUUCGUCUUCAAUCCUCACUGAUUUUCCCUCAGUUAUCUAUGCUUUCAAAGAUGACAGCAGCAUCAUCAGCAUGCCUUGUGGGAAGUAGUUUAUCUACUCAUGGUACUAAACCAGCUUUAAGCAAGGACUUCUAUGGGAGGCAUUUUCUCCCUUCUUCCAGCCUUCCGUCCCUGAGUCAAGUGACAAAAACAGUUUCCAUAAAGGCUUCUAUGGAGCAAAAGCAACAUGAAGGUAGAAGAGGCUUUCUCAAGUUUUUGCUUGGAAAUGCAGGAGUUGGUGUUCCUGCUUUGCUGGGAGCUGGGAGUGCCAAGGCCGAUGAUCAAGGGGUUUCUUCUUCCAGGAUGUCUUAUUCUAGAUUUCUAGAGUACCUUGACAAGGAUAGAGUGAAAAAAGUAGAUUUAUUUGAGAAUGGAACCAUAGCUAUUGUGGAAGCUGUUUCACCUGAGUUGGGUAACCGAGUGCAGAGAGUUCGUGUGCAACUUCCCGGGCUGAGCCAGGAGCUUUUGCAGAAGUUUAGAGAGAAGAACAUUGACUUUGCAGCACACAAUGCCCAAGAAGACUCAGGUUCUUUGUUAUUCAACUUGAUUGGAAAUUUGGCUUUCCCUCUAAUUUUAAUUGGGGGCUUGUUCCUACUCUCAAGGCGUUCAUCUGGAGGCAUGGGUGGACCGGGUGGACCUGGGUUUCCCUUGACUUUUGGUCAAUCUAAGGCUAAAUUCCAAAUGGAGCCUAACACUGGGGUGACAUUUGAUGAUGUUGCUGGGGUGGAUGAAGCCAAGCAAGAUUUUAUGGAGGUGGUGGAGUUUUUGAAGAAACCUGAAAGGUUCACUGCAGUUGGGGCUCGCAUUCCUAAAGGAGUUCUUCUUGUUGGCCCCCCUGGAACUGGAAAGACUCUGCUAGCUAAAGCAAUUGCUGGUGAAGCUGGUGUUCCAUUUUUCUCCAUCUCGGGUUCUGAGUUUGUUGAAAUGUUUGUUGGAGUUGGUGCUUCUCGAGUACGUGAUCUUUUCAAAAAGGCCAAGGAGAAUGCACCUUGCAUUGUAUUUGUUGAUGAAAUUGAUGCUGUGGGAAGACAGAGAGGUACUGGAAUUGGGGGAGGAAAUGAUGAAAGAGAACAGACCCUUAACCAGCUUUUAACAGAAAUGGACGGUUUUGAAGGUAACACCGGCAUCAUUGUUAUUGCUGCCACUAACAGAGCUGACAUUCUUGACUCUGCUUUAUUAAGGCCUGGGAGGUUUGAUAGACAGGUAAGUGUUGAUGUUCCGGAUGUACGAGGAAGAACAGAGAUCUUAAAGGUUCAUGCUAGUAACAAGAAGUUUGAUGGUGAUGUAUCUCUUGAAGUUGUAGCCAUGAGAACACCUGGUUUCAGUGGAGCUGACCUUGCAAACCUCCUCAAUGAGGCUGCUAUAUUGGCCGGUCGGCGUGGGAAGACAGCAAUUUCAUCCAAAGAGAUUGAUGAUUCGAUUGAUAGGAUUGUCGCCGGAAUGGAAGGCACAGUAAUGACAGAUGGGAAGAGCAAAAGUCUGGUGGCAUACCAUGAAGUUGGGCACGCCAUAUGUGGGACAUUGACUCCAGGACAUGAUGCUGUUCAAAAAGUGACCCUAAUUCCAAGAGGUCAGGCACGAGGUCUUACCUGGUUUAUUCCUGCAGAUGAUCCUACUCUGAUCUCCAGGCAGCAACUAUUUGCUAGAAUUGUUGGAGGACUUGGGGGCAGAGCUGCAGAGGAAAUUAUCUUCGGCGAGCCUGAGGUGACAACAGGUGCAGCUGGUGAUCUGCAACAGAUUACCGGUUUGGCCAAACAGAUGGUAGUAACAUUUGGAAUGUCUGAGAUUGGGCCAUGGUCAUUAAUGGACUCAUCAGCUCAAAGCAAUGAUGUAAUUAUGAGAAUGAUGGCAAGGAACUCUAUGUCUGAGAGGCUUGCUGAGGACAUUGAUAGUGCUGUCAAGAGAUUAUCAGAUGAAGCAUAUGAGAUCGCUUUGACCCACAUCAGAAACAACCGUGAGGCCAUGGACAAGAUUGUGGAAGUCCUUAUUGAGAAGGAAACAAUGACCGGGGAUGAAUUUCGUGCCAUCCUCUCUGAAUUUGUAGAAAUCCCAGUUGAAAAUCGGGUUCCUCCUGCAGUACCGUCCCCUGUGACAGUGUAAACAACUCAAAAAUAUACUUUCGGUGAACACUUGAAAUCAUAUAUAUCUUCAAUUGGUUAAAUGUAUCAUAGCUGUAAUUUUGAUCAUAUGUAAAGUACUCUAGAUUGAAAUGACAGAACUUCUCAGCUGCAGAGCCUUUUGUUUUCA